AUGAUUCCACAACCUCACAACCUCUCCAGCCCCACAACCCAAGAACCUCUCCAGUCCCACAACCCAACAACCUCUCCAGCCCCACAACCCAACAACCUCUCCAGCCCCACAACCCAACAACCUCUCCAGCCCCACAACCCAAUAACCUCUCCAGCCCCACAACCCCACAACCUCUCCAGCCCCACAACCCAACAACCUCUCCAGCCCCACAACCCAACAACCUAUCCAGCCCCUAUUCCCACGAAGGAACCGAGGCCGGAAAGCUCCCCGUCGGUGGAAGAUGAAGGGAAGGUUCCCCGACGCAAGGGAAGUUUGUUUACAGUAAUUGGGGAAAUCACAUUGAGGUCAUUGUCACUGUGA